UUUUUCACAGUUUGCUAUUUCGGUGUUGAUGUUGUUAAGUGUCAUAAAUACGUUUAUUGAUAAAUACAUUAGGUUUACGCAACGUCUCAGUAUUGACAAUGUCGAGCUUCUUUUUUUUUUUAAGAAUCAUGCAAUUCACUGUGACAUCCUGGAUAUCAGCUUCUGAACCAAGUUCUGACUGCAGGACCAAAACGCAUCGAUAGGAGCUCGGAAGCAGCACGGUGAACUGAACGUUUUUAUUAUAAUAAAACAGCAAGAAAAACAGGAGAAGCAAAGAAUGAGUAAAAGGCAAGCAAAUAGAGCAGAGUAAACAGAAGAAUCCAGGAGUGAGAGAAGAAACCAGAGCUUAAAUACAGAGAAGUGAGGAGAUUACAUGGCAAGCAGGUUUGAGGCAAAGUCCAGCUCCCAGGUCACACAGAGGAGCUCAGACAUUUUGUCACUGGAAAAACACCCAACAAGGCUGAGAGAGUAGAGAAGAAGACAGUGCGGAGAAUGGAUUCCACAUCUUCAUUCUUCAAAUCUGUGACCAGGCGGGUCUGGUCCCCGCCUCAGCGACCUUUCAGAGUCUGCUGUAACAGAAGGGAGACCAAGAAAGGGAUCACAGCAGGGACCCUGGAGGACCUGAAAGAGAGGGUAUGCCAGGCUUUGCUGCUGACCAUUUCUGCAGCGUCUGUGUACCUGGUAUGUGAGGAGGACGGUACUGAAGUGGACUCUGAUGAGUUCCUCAUGACCCUACCGGACAACACCAUGCUCAUGGCCUUAGAGACUGGACAGACAUGGAAACCACAGGCGGGUUCAAUUGUUCUUAAAAACCACGACAAGCCUCGUACUGGCAGAGACAUAGCGCGAGUCACCUUUGACCUUUACAGAAUAAGCCCUAAGGAUGUGUUUGGCUCCCUGAGUGUGAAGGCUACAUUCCAAGGCCUGUACUCUGUGAGCGCCGACUUUCAGUGUCUGGGGCCCAAGAAGGUCCUCAGGGAAGCGCUGCGCCUCGCCUCCACCCUCCUUCAGGCCGCAGGACACCUGCUUAUCAGCUCUGCAUCCAUGAUCCGCCGCGUCAUCGAAGGCACUGAGCUCUGGCAGCCGCAGAGGGCCGAGUACACAGCAAGCUGGCAUUAAAUCCCUGGCUUGUGCUGUCGACUCAAAAAUGUUGUUUCAUUGAGGUGUUUUGAGUUUACUCUUACAAUUAGACAUAUAACUGGGUAACAGUAUUACAAAUAUAAGAUGCUUUUCUCCUUAAAACAACCAGAAACUAAACAGUAACAAUAUUAAUAACUGUAUAAAUUUUUAUUUUUGAUGAGUGAGCUCUUUAGUCAUUUAUUCUGACUGUGGUUUGUCUCUUUUAGAAUAUGUUGUAGAUUUGAUUUAUGAUUGAUUUCUACGUCACGAUAAGGAAUGUGAUCAUCUUAUCCAAAACAGAUGUGUGACUAAGAAGUGGCCCAAGGAACUAAUCAGGACCUCCGUCUCGAAAACGUUUUGAUCUCAGGGACAUUUUGAGGGCUGAAUGUUGAGAAUAUCAUUUGUAAUAUGUUGUGCCAUGACUACCUUGACUGUAUUUAAGUCUAAAAGUCAAAAAGAGCCAUCAGUUCUUAACAAAAACAACAGUUUGAGCAGCACUAUGUAGCUGGAUAAGAAGGAAAUAAGCCACAUCAUUCUUGGAUUUUUUUUUUUGUUCUUUUGUACAAUAUAUUUUAUGUAAUUUCCUUGAACUUUUCUAUUUUGCGGUCGAUUUUCUGUGAAUAUGUUUCUAAUGAAGGGCCAUACUUUAAAUAAAAGUGUAAAAUAUAAAUUUACCAAAUAAAAACGUAUCAAUAUUCA